AUGAUUCCCUCAAUAUCAUCCUGGCUAGCGCUGCACCGCACGCCGCCCACAGUGGCAACCGCCACCACGCUACCCGGCGUGCGACUGCCACUUUGGGACCAAUACACAGUAGCAGCCUUGGCGUUGGCUUCCACAAUUCUCGUCGUGUUCCUCUAUCUUCUUUUUGCCUCUUCCCCCUCGUCACCACACUCAUCUGCACCUGCAGGCUACACUCGACUCGACACCGAGCAUGCAGAAUCACCCAACUCGAUGGGCUUAGAUGAACAAGCCGAUGUCAAGCACGAGGUGGACGGCUACGCCUUUGAGCUGCGAAAGGCGCUUGGCACCCCCAUCGACGCGGCUGCCUACGAGGCUAAACGCUUGGCUUUGCACAUUGUCAUCGCCUUGCUCUCCGUCGUGGGCUUGGCCAUCGACGCGACCUCCAUUGUCUCCCAACUGAUCUCCGACGUUCCACCAGCGCAGUCCUUGCAGUCCACCUUGUACUUUGCAUCCACUUGUGCUGCUUUACGAACGCUCACGGUGGCGAUCGCCAUGCUCAAUCUCAAUCUGGAAGAACCAACUCGCCUCGUCUUCCUCGCGCUUCUCAGCUCCUUCUACCUCGUCGCUCAACUGCUCGUCUUGUUGACCGACUACAAGCUCUUCCUUCCCUUUCUCGGCGGCGACUCGAAUCUCGUUCUGCACGCCAUCAAUGUCGGCGCUACCCUUAUUGUCUUCUUGCUCGCGUUCCUUUCGCCCAGUGGUCCCUUGAUCCGUGUCGAAGCUACCGGAAGUCUGCCCGCAAGAACCGUCACUCGUAACGACAUCGGCGGCGGCUCGGUUGUUCAACACGUUUGGGGCUUCUUGGCCUUGCCUCUUGUCCGUAAAGCGCAUACCAAGCAUCGGAUUGAAGAAGAUGAUAUUCCCGCCAUCGAUUAUACCUACCGAUCUGCCGUCGUCGCCGAGGACAUGAUCCGCACCUAUCGCCAAGCUCUAGCUGCAUCGCUUGUCAAAGUGCCUUCCGGUCCCAAGCGUACCGACAGCAUUAAGGGACGAGUGUUGUUCGCCGCAUUGGUCAAGUGCAAUUCUUCCCAAGUGAUCUCCUCCGGUAUCAAUUUGAUCGUCGUCACUUUUGCAUUUUACGUGCCCAAACUUGGUCUUUCGCUGCUCCUCGACGGCAUUGAAAAGUACGAAGCCUCCCUCAGGCAGAGCACCAGCAGCAGCAGUGCCGGUCAUGCCGUCGAUACUGUCUCCAAGAGGGCCAGAUCCAUGCUCAUCUACUCGGCCAUCUUCUAUCUCACUUUGUUUGUCGAGAAUUUCCUCGUCUACCAAUACUUCCGCCCGCUCUCCGUCUACCUCAAGACCAAGGUGCAAACACAGCUUACAACUUUGCUUGCUUGGAAGAGAUUGCGUCAGAAGGAAGCUUCGGCCAAAGAGCAACAUACGAAUGAUGGCGACAACAACGUCUCCAGCGCCACAGCUGACGCCGACAACUCAGAGCAAGAGGGUGGGGCUUCAGCUUCCUCUUCGUCUCAAGUCAUCAACCUCGUCACCACCGAUACCCAGCGCAUCUAUUCACGCAUCGACCUGUACACCUUCUGCAUCAUGGGUCCCCUCGAGGUAUUUAUUGGCGGAUACUCUGCCUACCUUCUCAUGGGCAAAGGUGCUCUCAUCGGUCUUGCUGCCGCUGCUAUCAUGCAGCCUAUCGCCUUUGCCGUCGGCAAGAUCACCAAGCGCAUUGACGAAAGACUGCAAAAGGCAAGAGACAGGCGAGUCAUGCUCCUCUCCGAAGCCAUCCGCGCCAUCAGGAUGGUCAAAUACGAAGCUUGGGAGGACGAGAUCGGUGCCAAGAUCAUGUUCGAGCGUCGCGCCGAGCUGAAGUGUCAGGCCCAGAGCUGGGCCGUCUACACAUUCUUUGGUGGUCUCUUUGCUUUUGUACCCAUGCUCACCAUCGUCGUUGCUUUCUCCUGGUACACGCUCGUCGAAGGAAAUACGCUCACCGCAUCAGUGGCUUUCCCAGCCGCGGCUGUACUCAACGAGCUGAGAUUCGCCGUCAGCUAUCUGCCAAGCAAUUUUUUAAGCGUCAUCCAAGGUUGGGUCUCCAUGAAACGUAUCGCGGUCUACAUGGAAACUGGCGAAGUCGACAUUUCUGACGACGACUAUCGACCACGGACCUUGAACGGUGCCAAGGACGCCGCUGAGCGAGCCUCUUGCUCGGAUGUGGGCAGGAUCGAGCUGAGCCAGGCCGAGAUUACCUGGCCGUCCGAAAGCGACGAUGACGCUGGUCAAGCUCAAACUCAAGCCCAAGCCCAGCCCUCGUCACCGUCGACCUUCACGCUCUCGAUUCCAAACGCAACGUUCGAAGUUGGCCACAUCAACCUCGUUUGCGGCAAGAUCGGAUCCGGAAAGACACUGCUUCUUCUCUCGCUUCUCGGCGAGGCUCGGCUGAUUUCCGGCAAGCUCGACUGUCCGCGCUCGCACCAUGCUGCGACUCUCUUCGCCGCCCGCACUGCUUCCGCUUCCUCUUCGGCCUCGCACCGCAGAGAGUGGUGGAUCGACCUCUCGCUCUCGGCCUAUGCCCCACAACGCCCCUUCCUCUUCAACGCCACGGUCCGCGAAAAUAUUCUCUUCGGACUCGAAUACAAUGCGCGCCGUUAUCGCGACGUCAUAUUUGCCUGUGGUCUCAAGCCCGACCUCAAGAUCUUCAAGGAUGGCGACCGCACCGAGAUCGGUGAAGGCGGAACCAAUCUGUCUGGCGGUCAGAAGGCGCGCAUUUCGCUCGCCCGAGCCGUGUACUCGCACGCCGGAACCGUGCUCAUUGACGAUUGCCUCUCGGCUUUGGACUCGCACACCACCAAACACGUGUGCGAAACGCUCUUUGGUGAAGCCAAGGGCGGCAGCGGUCUGUUGGAUGGCAGGACGACGAUUCUGGUGACGCAUCACGUGCGGCUCAUGGCAUCGAGGUGCAAAAAGGUGAUGGUGCUGCAGGAAGGUCGACAGGCUUUCUUUGGCAGUGCUGAGCAGUUCAUCAGCAGUCCAUUUUAUGAAGGACUCGAAGACGAGGAUGCCAAGCAAAAGGAAAAAGACGAAGCGGAAACGCCAAACUUUGGCUCGAGCAACACCACUGCAGCCAACUCGGCGGCCAACAGCGAUGAGGAAGAUACGGUCGAAACGGAUAACGUGCUGCUCGAUGCGGCUGGCGCCGAAGUGGCUGCAGGCCGGCACGCGAAUGCCUCCGGCUUCUCCCAAGGCACUGUGGAUGGCACGGUUCACAAACCUGCCGUGCGCAGACGACCAUCGGCUUCAGCCUUCAGUCAAGUUUCCGGUUUGCACGACGACGAAGCAGCAGCAGCAAACGAAGAGGAGGCGCACAAGCAGGUGACUGAGGAAGGGCGCGCGCAAGGACGCGUCUCGUUUGCCGUAUACAGCGGCUACAUCCGUGCUGGUGGCGGCAUCCUUCUCUGGAUUGCACUGGUCGGAGCGUUCGCCGCCUACGCCUUCACCGACCUCGGCGCCAACUGGUGGCUCCGCAUUUGGACGCAACACGCAGCCACAGACUCUGAGCACCCGGCCGAAUGGUGGCUCGCACGCUGGAUCGUCAUCCAGUCGUUCCAGGUGGUUGCCAUAACCCUUGGCUAUGCAUUCAUCUGCAUCGCGUCUCUGCUUGCGGGAAGCCGACUGUUUAAGCAGCUGCUCCGAACCGUGCUGCGUGCACCGUUGCGCUUCCACGACUCGACGCCGUCGGGACGUCUGCUCAACCGCUUCGGAAAAGACAUGGAGGCAAUCGAUUCCAACAUUGCCGAAGAGCUCACCGAAGCUGCCAAGGCGCUUUUGAUCGCUCUUGCCGCCGUUGUCGCCACUUUCCUCGGAGGUGGACCAAUCGUGCUUGUCAUCCUCUUGUUUAUGCUGCCCGUCUUCUACAUCAUCGUUGCGACUUUCACCUUGGCGGCGCGUGAUUUCAAGCGACUCGACUCGAACUCGGCCUCGAAACGCAUUACGUGCUUCACCGACCUGAUUACGGGUGUUGUGACGGUUCGUGCUUUUGGCGCGUCUUCGGCCUACUUCGCCACGUUGAUGGACAGACUGGACGAGAACAUGAUGUUUUACUAUUGGCAGUCCACCGUCCGUCAGUGGCAGUCGUUGCUCCUCAGCUUGGUCAGUUCGGUCAUCGUCAUUUCUACCGUGUUGGUGGUGACGCUGACGCCGGGAUUCACAGCGGCCAGAGCAGGUUUCACGCUUAGCUUUGUGCAGAACCUCACAUCGAUGCUGACGUACGGCAUGCGUUCGCUGUCCAAUGUGGAGCAAGGUCUGGUCGCCGUCGAGCGUGUGAUGGAGUACUUUUCCAUCGAAACGGAACCUCUUGACGCUGCACCUGCUUCGGUUCAGGAGCCUGUGGCGGUGCCGGCGAGCUGGCCAGAGAAGGGUGUGAUCGAUAUCAAGAAUCUGCACCUGGCGUAUGCAGAGAAUCUGCCCGAUGUGCUGGAUGGCAUCAAUUUGUCAAUCAAAGCCGGUGAGAAGGUGGGCAUUGUCGGAGCUACAGGCAGCGGUAAGUCGACGCUCGUAUCGGCGCUGUUCCGCUUCUUCGAGUACCGGGAGGGCCAAAUCGAGAUCGAUGGUGUCGAUAUCAGCAAGAUCGGACUGAAAACGCUGAGGAGCAGAAUGAAGAUUGUUCCUCAGGAUCCGCUGAUCUUGUCUGGCACGUUGCGAAGUGCCGUCGACCCGCUCGGACAGCACACAGACGAAGACAUUACGCGCGUCCUGGUGCUCGUUGGCCUGCUGAAGGAGGAGACAGCGAUCGCAUCAGGGUAUGGUACUUUUGAUUCCUCGGCCACCACAACCAGCCGAGUCGCUAACGGUGUCCGGGAAGGCGGCAGCACGAGCUCCUCUACACUCCUCUCGCGCUCCCCACCCCAGGAAAGCAGCGACGACUCGGGCACACUCUCGUCGCUCGAGGCACGCAUCGAGGAAAGCGGGAGCAACCUGUCGUCAGGUCAAAAGCAGCUUCUCUCGCUCUCACGUAUCCUGCUCUCAGCCUCCUGCCCGCACGCAAACGCAAACAGCAUCGUCGUGCUGGACGAAUCCACCUCGUCGAUCGACUACAACACUGAUGCCAAGAUCCAGUCGCUCCUGGAUGCGCAUUUUGCCAAACACAACACCACGGUGCUCGCCAUCGCCCAUCGCUUGCGGACGAUCAUUGGAUUUGACACGGUGGUGGUGCUGAACAGGGGUAAGGUGGUCGAGAAGGGUAGUCCGGUUGAGCUGCUGAAGGAAGAGGAUGGGUGGUUUACCAGGUUGGCCAAGAGUACUGGUGAGCAGGAGUAUGCGUCGUUGAAGAAGGCGCUUGGGUUGUAG